AUGCCGUCCACGCCGCCCGCGAUCUACCCUAGCCUGUACGACAAAACUGUGAUCGUAACGGGCGGCGCAAGCGGCAUCGGCGCCGCAACUGUGCUGCUCUUUGCGCUACAGGGCAGCAGAGUCGUAUUCCUUGAUAUUGCUGAUGAUGCAGCUCAGAAGACAAUUGACCAUGUCACUACUCGAGCCAACACCAACGCCAAAACUAGCCCAUUCAAGAUCAGUGUGAAGCCACCUGUCUUCUAUCACUGCGACAUAACAGACCUCCACGAAUUAAAGGCUACUGCAUCGAAAAUCCUAGACGAGCACGGUCCCGUGCACGUGCUCAUUAACAACGCGGCCGCAACAGGCUCUAUAGCACGCCAGGCCAGUCUAGAUGUCACACCUGAAACCUGGGAUUUUAACGUGAACGCAAACCUUCGACACAUCUUCUUCCUCACACAGUGCUUCAUUCCAUCUAUGAAAAGCUCUGGUGGCGGAAGCAUCGUAAAUCUCGGCUCGAUUAGCUGGCGGAUUCCUGAAGCAACGACGCCCAUAUAUGGGACAUGCAAGGCGGCUAUUAACGGCUUGACGCGUAUCCACAGCAGGGAGUUCGGUACUCACAAUAUCCGCGUUAAUUGUGUUAUGCCGGGCGCUAUUGCGACAGAUAGACAGAGGGCAGAAGUACUCACGGAAGAGUACCGGACGCAUGUGUUUGCCCAGCAGAGUCUGAAGAGGGACUUGGAGCCGGAGGAUGUGGCCAAGGUCAUUGUUUUUCUCGGGAGUGAAGAAGCGAGUGGAGUUACGGGGAGUUGCUAUGUCGUUGAUGGGGGAUGGAUGGGUAACCCAUGA